AUGAAAGCUUCCCUGGAAGCAUCAGAAGAGGCACAAGGAAAGAGAGAAUGGGGAAGGACUGGACCCCAUGAUUCCGGCCAGUACAAUCAGUUUCCUGAAGACACCGGAUUUUUCAAAAGAGAUGGAACCUGGAAUACCGAGUAUGGACAGUUCUUCCUCGAAUGGUACUCAGAGAAGCUAUUAAGGCACGGAGAUAGACACUUGGCAGCUGCAAAAGGAGUGUUCCAAGGAACUGGAGCUAAACUAUCUGGAAAGGUAGCUGGGAUUCAUUGGCACUACAGAACAAGAUCCCAUGCUGCUGAAUUAACUGCUGGCAACUAUAAUACUAGACUUAGAGAUGGUUACAUACCAACAGCAAAAAUGUUCAGCAAACAUGGGGUUGUAUUAAACUUCACCUGCAUGGAAAUGAAAGAUGGAGAACAGCCUGACAAUGCAAAUUGCUCACCCGAGGGGUUAGUCUGGCAAGUAAAGAUGGCAACCAAGAGUGCUGGAAUUGAACUUGCAGGAGAGAAUGCACUGGAGAGGUAUGAUUCUGGUGCAUAUGGACAAGUUUUGGCCACAAGCAGAUCAGAUUCCGGCAAUGCGUUGAGUGCUUUCACAUACCUAAGAUUGAAUAAGAGAUUGUUCGAAGGGGACAACUGGCGGAACAUGGUUGAAUUUGUGAAAGGAAUGGCUGAAGGAGGCCGGAAUGAAAGACUGUCAGAGUGUGACUCCACUGGAACCGACAUUUUUGUCCGGUUUAUCAAGGAGAAGAAUGUCCAGGAAAAAAAGGAAACUGUUCUUGUGUAGAAAAAUUUAUAAGUGCAUCUUUAUGUACAAACAGAGUAUCCGAGUAUAUAGUUAAUAUC